AUGUUUCUGAUAGAUUACGAAGGUGACACCCAGGUCCUGGGACCAGCGGGGCAUGUACUAGCGCGCCAAACAAGUGAUAAGGCUUCAGCCUCUUCGGUUCUGCAAGGAAGUCCGAUGGUUCGUUGCUUCUUACUAGCGCCUCUUCACACAGGUGACAGCAGGACGUCCUCACGGAGCCCAUUCCGUGCUUCUACCUUCGAGAUGCACUUCGCAAACUUUGUCAAAAUUACUGUCAUCAUGGGUUUCGCAUGGGGCUUCACCGGAGGAAUUUUAUUCACAGGGGUUCUCGCACUACCCGAUCAUAUCGUUCGUCUGAUCGUAGAGUAUCCGACCGAGCUAACCUUGAUAGUUACGCUGAUCUCAACUACCUUGUCGAUCAUUACUUCGAUGUUCUUCACAUUUGCGGUUAAAGAAGCGCUUCGGCACCACCUCUCAGGGCCGAUGACACUGUUCAAGCUUCGCACUGCAAUAGCGCUGAGCAGGCCGACCUGGGUAUUACGAUGGAGAUCUCUCAAGUUGUCGGCCCUCACGUUGGCCGUUUAUGCGGUGAUCACAUUUCUGAACACGAGUUGGAGCACUUUACUCCUCCCCACCCUUGUCCAGUGGCCUGUGGCAACGUUCGGAACGGAACUAGACUUGGGAUCUGUUGCAUUUGUAAAUCAGCUGAGUACGGACCUCAAUGCCCAGGAAGCGAACACUGUACAAGCACCUGGGUUUCAAACCAUCAACGUCUUGACUCUCCUCAGUGGUAUUGCUGCGGUUGACGAUCAAGGUGGUGUGCAAACGAGUAGUAUAUUCAGCUUCAAUGGAGUUUCAUACAAUCAGUCGACUGGUGGAGUUCUUCCUGCGAUAGAGGAGUACUCUGGAUCAUCAAACCCACCGGGUUCUGACGUUGGCUUGGCGUUCACUGGGGGACAAGUACCGGUUAAUACCACUUUUGACUGGGGACGCCUCGGACGCGAUGCAGGCACUCAAGGCAUUGCGAAGAACUACACUGUUACACAGCAGGGUGUCACAGCAAAUGUUUCAUGCCAGCCGAUUGACCGCAGUCAAAAUACAUUUAUUGUCCAACCAAAUGUGACACAAGGACCACUGGACUUCACGUUCUUCACGUGGGAAGCCGGUGUGAAUUGUUCCGGAACCCCAGGUUUAAAUACACAGCUCUACUUCACCGCUGGCAAUGCGAGCGGUCAGAUGGACAAUGUAACCCAGGGAUUUCUCCCCACUGUUGUAUGUCCCAACCCACAAAACUCGACAUUCAACCCAUAUAAGUUUGAUGUUUUUAUGGCUGGCUUGUACAAGUACGACUUUCUGCCAACGACCGUUUGCGAGGUCGUCCCCUACCUAACCACAGUCAACGUCACUUAUAAUGGAGGCAUCAUAUCUGUCGAUCGGAUUGACACAUCGACAAGCAGUCCGAAUUUUCCUUUGUCUCAGUACAUUGCAACCGUGAUGGCUUAUCAAUCGGGGGCGAACCAAGGCAUGACCACAAAUACAAUUGGUGACUUUUUGACCGCGUAUGGUACCAGCAAUGUAUCAACCAUGUACAGCGAACUGGAAGAUUACUGGCGCGGUGUUACAGAGUUCGCCUCCACUCAACUUCGCUCCGGAUACUCUGCUUCGGGAGUUCCGUCGAAUAUGACGACGUUGACAAACGGCAUGAUGUAUAUCACGACGUACGGCUGGCGAAGCCAAGCCCACACGUAUAUCCUUUUGCUUGUGGUGAUCACCAUGAUCUGGGGCGCCACCCUAAUAGCUGCCGGGUACAGCCUCAUCCAAGAAAAAAUCCAUGCCUCCGAUCCAUCUUUCGACUUUUCUGAUCCCGUUGAUCUCGUCAUCGCGGCAUCUGGCGGAAGACUUGAAUCAUACCUUCACGAAGGUGAAAGAAACAAAUACACUAGCGAGGACGUCACCGUUCGCUUUGAAGAUGUACCUGAUAAAAUGGGAAGGAGAAUGAGCAAGAGACUGGUCACUGUGGUUCCGGAACCUCUGCCAAAGUCUGCGGAACCUUGA